GGUUGGCCUCGGGAGCCCUCGGGCGGGAUGCCGAGGGGGUGGAUCGUUCCCCGUGAAUGCAGUCGCGGGCCGAGUCCGGUUGCAGAGUCAGUCGAGAUGUGGCGAAUGCACGCGUCCGCCAUCCUGUGGGCCGCCGGGCUGGGCCUCCUCGGGGCCCCCGCCGGCCUGGGAGCCCCAGCCAAAGCGCCGAGGCAGAAGGUGCUGCUAGUCUCCUUCGAUGGGUUCCGGUGGGACUACGACCGGCGCGCGGACACGCCGAACCUGGACCGCAUGGCCCAGGACGGGGUCAAAGCGCUGUACGUCACCCCGCCUUACCUCACCAUCACCAGUCCCACGCACUUCACCCUCCUGACAGGCCGCUACAUUGAGAACCACGGCGUGGUCCACAACAUGUGGUUCAACACCAGCACCCUGGAGAAGACACCCUAUUACCAGACCCAGUUUGUGAACGAGUGGUGGGACAACGGCAGCCUGCCGAUCUGGAUCACCGCGCAGAAACAGGGCCUGAAAGCCGGCUCUCUUCACUUUCCCGGCACGGCCUCCAGUUACCAGGGCCAGGUUGCCAUGGUGCAGGAGGUGGAGCCGCCGCUCUACAACUACAACAACGAGACGGCGUGGCGGGAGAACACGGACAAGGUGAUGGGCUGGUUCCGAGACCAGGACCUGGACUUUGUGUCCCUGUACUUCGGCGAGCCGGACGGCACCGGCCACAGGUUCGGCCCGGACUCCCCGCAGAUCCGGGCCGUGGUGGAGCAGGUGGACCGGACGGUGGGCUACCUGCGGCACUCGGCCGACCGCCACGGGCUGACCGGGCGCCUCAACAUCAUCAUCACGUCCGACCACGGCAUGAGCACGGUGUACCGGAACGGCCUGGUGGAGGACAUCACCCUGUCCCGGAUACCGGGCUUCUCCUUCAGCGACCUGGCCUUCCACCUGGUGGACUACGGCCCCUCCGGGAUGCUGCUGCCCAAGCCGGGCCUCCUGGAGAAGGUGUACGGCGCCCUGAAGGGGGCCCACCCGCACCUCCACGUCUUCAAGAAGGAGGAGUUGCCGGAGCGCCUCCACUUCGCCAACAACGACCGGAUCCUCCCCAUCGUGCUUUGGGCCGACGCCGGAUACGUGAUAAACGGGUACUUCCCCGUUCAGUUCAACAAGGGCGAGCACGGCUUCGACAACCAAGAGAUGGACAUGAAGCCCUUCUUCAGGGCGGUGGGCCCGGCGUUCCGCAGGAACCUGGAGGUGGGGCCCUUUGAGACGGUGAACAUCUACCCCUUAAUGUGUCACAUCCUGGGCAUCGAGCCGGAGGUCAACGACGGCCACCUGGACGCCACCAAGCACAUGCUGGUCGCCAGCGCCACCUCUCAGGGAGUGGACUACCUCCCAAACGUCUUCAUUGGAUUUGCUGCCGUCGCUGGAUUUCUUGUUUUAGUAUUUAUAGCAAUGACGUCCUGCAAAAUAAUCCAGAAGCAACGCGGGAAUAAAGGAAGUUCAGAACAUCUUCCAGAAAAGGAAAAGACUCUACAGACCUCAUUGUGAUCAUCAGGAGAACAAAUGGCGCUAACUGAUCUUUAGGGAUUAUCUUUCAUGUUUUAAUGCACUCAAUUUAAAAAAUAUAUAUUAUUUGUUGUAAGAAACGUUGAAAACAAAUUAACAGAAUUCGAUCAUCAAAAUAACUGAACAGUUAAUUUGUGUUGUAUAUAUAACAUAUGUAUAAUACUGUGUCUGUUUUAGUACAUAUUGUAAUUAAAUUUUUUCUUAUCCAGUGUCUGAAUACUGUGACAACAGUGAAACUAGGUGUGUUUGCAGUGAGAAUAAAGCAUCGAUUAUCUGAACA